UGGAUGUGUUUGUAUUUACAGCUCAAGUCAUACCCUAUUUUGUUAAUAAACAGAGUCCAAACCCGACGGUAGAUAACCGAGGGCUUCGACAUGGCCUUUCAGGGGUCUGAGGGACUGGAUGAGCAGAUCGAGGAGCCCGAAGACACGCUGAGAGUUUCGCCGGCAGAGGAAAUGCCCUUCGAUGGACCUCCGACAUCAGAGGAGCCGGAGCCGCGACUGUUGCCGUGGGACCGCUUCUCCACCUGGCUGCACUGCAUCUGCGUGGUCGGCUUCGAUCUGGAGCUCGGACAAGCCGUUGAGGUGAUUUACCCUCACCAUUCAAAACUGACUGAAAAAGAGAAAACAAGUAUAUGCUACCUGUCAUUCCCUGACUCCAACUCAGGUUGUCUUGGCGACACACAGUUCUGCUUCCGUUUCCGACAGGCAACAGUGAGGAAGUCGUCGCUCGGAUGUUUUCUUGACCACUUUGAACGCGAUGCGCCGGUCUGUCUCAAGAGAGAUCAUGGAUAUUACUACGGCUAUGUAUACUUCAGACAAGUACGGGACAAAUCGCUGAAGAGGGGCUACUUUCAGAAGUCUCUGGUCCUCAUCAGUAAACUUCCAUAUGUGACAUUUUUCCACUCGUUGCUGAAGAUCAUCGCACCAGAAUACUUUGAGAAACAAGAGCCGUGUUUAGAGGCAGCUUGCAAUGACAUUGACCGCUGGCCAACGCCGUGCCCUGGGAAGAUUCUUACACUCCCCAUCAUGGGCGUUGUCAUGAAGCUCCGCAUCCCCACGUGUUAUGACAAGCCUGGAACCUCACAGCUCAUUCAGUCCGCACCGAGUGACAGUCUGGUGUCCAUCGUUCUACCGACGGUUCAUGAAGUUGACCUCUUCAGGUGUUUCUAUCCAGUGUUCUUUCAUAUUCAGAUGUUAUGGGAGCUUGUGUUGCUAGGGGAAGCGUUGGUUGUCAUGGCACCAUCACCAGCAGAAUCUUCUGACACUGUGUUAGCAUUGGUCAGUUGUAUCUCUCCUCUGCGUUUCUGCAGUGACUUCCGGCCGUAUUUCACCAUUCAUGACAGUGAGUUUAAAGAAUACACGACUCGAUCACAAGCACCGCCUUCAGUCAUUUUAGGAGUGACAAACCCGUUUUUCGCAAAAACUCUUCAGCACUGGCCGCACAUUAUCCGAAUAGGAGACAUGAAGCAAACAGGUGAAAUGGCUAAACAGAUGAAGGUGAAAAAACUGAAGAAUCUCAAGACUUUGGAUUCAAAACCUGGUGUGUACAGUGCAUAUAAACCUUUCCUGAACAAAGAUGAGGACAUAAUUAAACAACUGCAGAAGGGAGUUCAGCAGAAGCGUCCCUCUGCAGCCCAAAAUGCAAUUCUGCGGCGAUAUUUCCUGGAGCUAACACAGAGUUUCAUUAUACCGCUGGAGCGUUAUGUGGCAAGUCUAAUGCCGCUACAGAAGAGCAUCUGUCCUUGGAAAAGUCCUCCUCAGCUGCGGCCGUUCAUUCACGAGGAGUUCAUGAAGACUCUAGAGAAAGCCGGACCUCAGCUGACCUCCCGACUCAAAGGAGACUGGAUCGGCCUGUACAGACAGUUCCUGGGGUCUCCAAACUUCGACGGCUGGUUCAGGAACCGCAGGAAGGAGAUGACACAGAAGCUGGAAGCUCUUCAUCUAGAGGCGUUGUGUGAGGAAGAUCUACAGCUGAGGAUCCAGAAGCACACUGAGGUGGAGACUGUUGAUCUGGUGCUCAAACUGAAGGAGAAACUGACACUGGCUGAAAGAGAUCAUCUUCCUGUCAAAACAGGAACUCUGGCCAAACUACAGGCCCAUAUUGAGACGAUAAUCCUGUCGCUACCAGAAGAUCUGCAAGGCAUCUUACACAAACCGCCGAGUCCCUGAUGCUCUCACAACACUGAGACUGAGCAGUCCGAGGCGUAUACAGGGUGAACAGACACAAACGCCCUCCAGAGCCACACACGAGUGACAGACCGCGUCAAGUGCACUUGUUUCUGGAACUCUAUGUGCCCUUGAAUGGACAAUGCUGACAUUGCCAAAAAACAAAACAAAAUGUCAUAACUGACAUGCACACUUUAUGAACAUUUUUGGUGCGUUUAUACUGCAAAUCUCACUGUGUGAGAAUGACAUUCAUAAUGAUUUUAAACAUGAAGAUGCUUAUAAUUAGGGGUGCACCGAUCCGAUACUGAAGCUUUUAGACGGAUCGGGUAUCGGUCCGACGAGCCAGAUUUAAAUCCGAUACUGUGGGUUAGUCAUGCUCCAAAGAUGACAUAAAAGAACCAUAAAAGUAGUUCAUAUGACUUGUAUGUCAUAGGCUAAAUUUUCUUUAUUUACUAUAUAUACGACAUACAGGGUUGGGGAGUAAUGAAAUACAUUUAAAAUACAAAAUAUAAUUAACUGUAUUCCACUACAGUUACAAUUUAAAUAAUUGGUAAUUAGAAUACAGUUACAUUCAAAAAGUAUUUUGAUUACUGAAGAGAUUACUUUGCAUCUUAUUGUAAUUUGUUUCAUUUAAUAUUUAAACAUUUAUACAUAUAAAUGAUGCGAUCCAAAGUGUAUUUGAACAGCAGUGAAACACUUUCUUAUUAUGUGUUACAUUCAUACGAGCAGAAGUUCGUUUGAAGUAAGUUUGGAGCAGAAGAAAUAGAAAUAAACCGUGUGUAAACUGUCAGCUUUACUCUAAGCUAAAAUGCUAUUUCUAGCCAUUUUACAUGCACGUUACCAGACACGAUCAUAUUUAUUAUCAAGAAAAUUCACAUUGGAUCAUAAUUUCUUUUUUCUAGUAAGAUCUUUGAUAUUAGGGCAAAAAUCAUAUUCUUGAUAAUAAUUUGUUUUGUUUUCCUGUAAAAAUAUCUAAAAUCCUUAAAACAAAACUGCAUAAGAUAUUUGGGUUUUUAAGAGAAUGUAUUUUUAACAUGUUUAUUUUGAGUUUUUAUAGUCAAAACAAGUAAAAAAAUCUACCAGUGCUGAAGAAGUAAUCCAAAGUAUUUAGAUUACAUUACUGACCUUGAGGAAUACAUUACAAAUGACAUUUUACAGCAUGUAAUCUGUAGUGGAAUACAUUUCAAAAGUAACCCUCCCAACCAUAGAUGGAUAGAUAUAGAUAUUGAUACAUUUCUUCUAUAUUUUUAUUAUAUAUGUAUAUAAUUAUUAUUAAUUUGUAUUAUUAUAGUUUUUUUUAUGAAAUGUGACCUGGACAUUUUUUUUGUGAGAUUCACCCAGUCAGAUGCAUUGUGAAAAACCAUGAUAAUUGACAUGAGAUUGCAAUAAAAAGUUAUUUAAUUCUAGGAGUUACCCUUUAAACAAACCCCAACACAACUAAACCAUUUGAUGUUGAUCUACUGAAAUUAAGGCAGAAAAAUGAAAUAUACAAUAUUUAACAAUAUUUUCUAAACGGACUAACUAUAAAUGGAAAAACAUCAAUUGCCUUUACCUUUCUUUACUAGCUUUAUUUGGAUUUGUCAAAAGCUUAAAAUGAUAAAGAUGAUUUACUGAAUCACUGGUUAAACAGAAAGGACUGAUCUCGUCAUCCUGAAUAACAUUCAUGUGAUUUCCAAAUGUCCUGCAUUCAGCAGUCUUUCAGUGUCGUUGCAUUGAGGCGUGUGGUCUUCCCUCCACUCAUCACUUCUACACAAACGACCAUAUUUCACACAAUAGAUCAUCACAAAUGCAUGCUCAAUAGAGUUUCACAUUUAAAGAUGGAAAUACAAUCUUUCUGUUGUGUGCACUGAGCUGGAAAGAUAAACUCUGAUGCCACCAAAGACCAUCACGUGUGUACAACGUUUUUUCCAAAGUUUUCCAAUAUUCAUUUGCACAUUUGUUACAUAGAAUAAUGAUUCUGUUACAGCAGAAAUGUUACAGACAGUCUUACAUCAUAUAGUUGAAAUCGAGAUGUUGUUUUCCUUGACAUCAUGGGCUUGUGAUGCUGGUGCAGACCUGUGAUAACUGGCGUGUUUUAUAUUAAAGAACAAACCUAUUUUAACAUGCUUGAAUUUUAAAGAUGUUUAUUCUGAUAUUCAAAUAUGAAAAUAACAACAUGCUUUUCAGACGAUGGCUGUUUGUUAUACUGACAGAGAUUUCUAACACCAGUAUUUUUGAUUCUGGUCAUUUCUAUUGGCUGUUAUUAUACCGGAUGUUUUAUUUCUUGCUGUGGUGAUUUUUUUAGAAUAAUGUAUAUUGGAAAAUAUUUUUUUUCCCCAGUACAGCAAGUAACCAUGUAUACAGAACAUAAACUAUAUUUUUCUAUCAAACCCAUAACCACUAAUGUUUUUAUUCUGCUAUCACAUUAUUUAAAAUAGAUAUUCUUAAGAAGUAUUCUAUUGUUAUGUUAUAUGUGAAGAACAAGUGUGUGUGUGUGUGUGUGUAUAUAUAUAUAUAUAUAUUAUUUUUCUUUUUUUGUAAAUAAAUGUCUUUGUUGGACUUAAAUCAGUUUUAUUUUAUUAACACACUGGCUUUAGUCCCAUCAUCUUUACUGGCAGUUAACAGUAGAGGCACCACAAUGAGAAAUUGUAAAUAAUGUAUCAAAUAAAUUGCAAGAAACUACAAUAAAAUAACAACUUUUUUAAAUUUGACUCAUUUCCAUUCAAACAUGAUCAUUUCCACGAUUCCAUGUUCUAUAUUCUUUUUUUUCCAUUGGCACCUCUUACUGAUUUACCAUGGCAACCGUAUUCUCUGCCAGCAUAUACUGUAUAUUGUCACUACAGUUAUUAUAAGGGCAAUAAAACAGGUACAUCAGCCACAACUAUCAUCAAACAUAAUGAUUCCAUAGUCAUUUAUUUUAGAUUUUACAGUAACUGUUAAAGGUGGUAUUUUGGUAUGGUUACCAAUGAAACUUUCAGUAAGAGACAUAAUCAGAAAGAAUUAUUUUCACAGGUGGGUAAAAAUAUACAAACUUUAUUUUUUAAAUGCCAGUGCAUUUGUUAUGUCUACCUAUAAUGUUAUGU